CGGAUCUGUCCAGUGAAAGAGCAGAGCAGGCGCGAGCACUGUUGUGGCGGCCGGAUGGACCGCAGACUGCCCGUUUAGAGAUACUCCUCCGAAUCAAAGCUACUAUUAGCCGUCCUGCAGCCAGACCUGGGAUCCCAAGGGCCUGAACCCAUCCAGCUCCGAGAGCUCCAGGCUCCCACAAGCUUCCAGCAUGUCAGCCAGGUCCCCUGAGCUGUUUGAGGAGUCUUGGCCUUCCAGUUCAGUGACCUCAUCCCUACCCAGCACUACUGAGGGACAGAUGGAGGCCUCCUCAUCACCCACCCUGAUGGACAGUGGGGAAUCAGUGGUGGCCAAGUAUAUAAAUAGGUUCCACCAAGCUCAACCCACCAGCCGAGAGGAACGACAGUGUACAGGCCCAACCCCAGCUGAUUUUUGGUGGCUGCAGACUGAGUGUUCAGACUCCAGCAGUCAGCUUGCAGCAGGAUCCAGUAAAUCAGAGGGGCGACCCGGUCCAGCAGUCCCAGCUCCUGCCAAGGGUGCCAGCACAUCCCAGACUGUGGCUCCCCUUCAGAAAAUGAAGCAGAGCCUGAACACAUGGAACUCAUCCCUGCUGGACCUGGAGACACUGAGCCUACAAAGCAGAGCUGCCACGCUGCUCAAACGCAGCAAGGCCUCCAUCUCCUCCUCAUCCCUCAGCCCCAGCGACGCCAGCUGUUCCUCCUUCCCUGUCAGCUCCAGUGGCCUCUCUCCCUUCUCCAUGACCUUCACCCCUGAGUUCAACAAGGACUCUGGGCCCAGAGCAGCUGCAGCUCCAGCGUCAGCCCAGGCCCCCACCCCUGCUCCAGCUCCAGGCUCCUCCCCAGCACCCCUUCGGCCAGAGGAUGACAUUUUGUACCAAUGGCGGCAGCGUCGGAAGCUCGAACAGGCCCGACGGGUGGAAGGUGAUGGAACCUGGGUGUUGCCCCGGACCCCUGCCCUUGCCACUCUGCCUGCUGCCCCUGCUGCCUCUGCGGUGACUCUCUGUUCCCUGGCUAACCAGCCGCCCUGUGUCCCACUGUGGGGCAGUGUGGCCCCGCCUGGUCCUGCAGAGGCCUUUUACGUGGAGAGGCCUCCUGUUGCCCUAGGGCCCUCUCCUCACAUCCUCUGGGCGCCCAGCACCCAUGGGUUCUUCUGGGCCCCACAGUCCAGUCCCUGGGCACCUCUUGGAAUGGUUCCUCCGCCACCGCUAGCCUCCACCCCUGUUCCCUCAGCUCCUCCAGCUUCCCAAGCCUCCACCUCAGCUCCCCCGGCCUCCUCCUCAGCUCCGCCGGCCUCCUCCAUCCCAGGGCCCACCACCACCAAUCCCAUAUCCCCUGCCACCUACCAGAGCCUGCCUACCCCCGAGCCAGGCAGCUCUGCCCAGACAGAGAAAGUCGGACCCAGGCCUCGGAAGGGCAGAACUUCGUGCCGGGACGCUGUAGGCCGAGCCCCAGCAGCCAGCGAGGGGCCAGGCGAGCAGCUCAGGGGUGCCCUGGGCCAGGUGGUGGCCGCCCGGCUGUUCCCUGAUGGCCUGGAGGACACGCCCCCUCGCAGCAAGAGCGACCCCCUGGGAGUCAAGGUCACCCCCCUUCCCUCAGAAUCCGGGAGUGGGUCUAAGGCCGGGUUGUGCCAGGCGAGGGCCACACCCAAGCCCUGCCCAGAGGAGCCGGGACUUCCACAAGGCUCUGUCACUCCCUUAGCUGAAGCCGGGUCCCCACCACCUAAGGUUCUGCCCUCUUCAGCUGAGAGGGUGGCCACACUCCCCGAGCCCCCUUCUACUGCUUUGGAGCUGGGAUCUCUAUUGGCUGCGGCGCCCUCGGCCGAGGAUCACCAUGCCCCAUCGCCAUCGGAGGACCUGUUCUCUCAAGCUGCCCGACUUCUGGAGGCUGCAGAAGAUUCAGACGGCAGCGAGUUUCAGGAUGACCCAGUACUGCAGAUGCUUAGAGCCCAGAGGGUGGAGCUGCAGCUGCAGAAAAGGUGA